AUAUCAUGUCACAUAAACUUGUAAAUGAUAUAGAUUUAAUUUGGCGGGGUUAAGAGGUAGUUGGGGAAGGCAUAACUAACCGGCUUGGCAGAUAAGGUCAAAGUAGUUGGUGGAGUUGACUGAAACUACAAGGAGAGUGAGAGAAAGAACGAAGGUCAAGAACUUCAAGGCCAAAGCGGUGGCAGAGAAAUCAGAGAUGGCAACCAAAGGUAGCAAUUCGAUUCAUAGGUCAAGUUCCCGGCCACUACUGGAUCUAAGCAAAGCAGAGAUUCAAGGGAAUGUGGAAGAGAAGUAUCCAACUAUUUUGUUGCCGAAUCAAUCUGAUGAUCUAUCCCACCUUGCUCUUGACAUUGGAGGAUCUUUAAUAAAGUUGGUUUACUUUUCAAGACAUGAAGGCCAAUCAACGAAUGAUAAAAGGAUGAAAAUUUUGAAGGAUAAACUUGGAAUUCUCAAUGGAAACAGGAGAAGUUAUCCUAUUCUUGGUGGGAGGCUUCACUUUGUGAAAUUCGAAACAAACAAGAUUAAUGAGUGUUUAGAAUUCAUUUAUUCAAAGAAGCUUCACUGUGGUGGAUGGGAGUCCCAUCAUUCUGAUUCUACAAAUGACCAGAAUGCCGUAAUUAAGGCUACUGGAGGUGGGGCAUACAAGUUUGCUGACCUUUUCAAAGAAAGACUUGGGAUUAGUCUUGACAAAGAAGAUGAAAUGGAUUGUCUUGUAGCAGGAGCAAACUUCUUGCUUAAGGCAAUUCGUCAUGAGGCUUAUACACACAUGGAAGGCCAAAAAGAGUUUAUUCAAAUUGACCCGAAUGAUCUAUUUCCUUAUCUUCUGGUUAACAUUGGAUCAGGUGUUAGUAUGAUCAAGGUUGAUGGCGACGGUAAAUUUGAGAGGGUUAGCGGGACAAACGUCGGCGGUGGAACUUACUGGGGAUUGGGAAGACUGUUAACAAAUUGUAGCAGCUUUGAUGAGUUGCUUGAGCUAAGUCAGAAAGGAGAUAAUAGAACCACUGACAUGCUUGUUGGGGAUAUUUAUGGCACAGACUAUCCUAAGAUUGGCCUAUCGGCAUCAACCAUCGCUUCAAGUUUUGGCAAGGCUACGUUAGAAAAUAAGGAGCUUGAAGAGUACAGACCUGAAGAUAUAUCACUAUCUCUUCUACGAAUGAUUUCUUACAAUAUUGGCCAGAUAUCUUACUUGAAUGCACUGCGAUUUGGGCUAAAGCGUAUCUUCUUUGGAGGAUUUUUUAUAAGGGGCCAUGCCUACACCAUGGAUGCAAUUUCUUUUGCAGUUCAUUUCUGGUCUAAAGGGACGGCACAAGCUAUGUUCUUGCGGCAUGAAGGAUUUCUAGGAGCUUUAGGUGCAUUUAUGAGCUAUGAAAAACAUGGCUUAGAUGAUCUUAUGGUGCAUCAAUUCGUUGAAAGGUUCCCAAUGGGAGCUCCAUAUACUGGAGGCAAGAUUCAUGGCCCGCCGCUUAGAAAUUUGAAUGAGAAGAUUUCAUGGAUGGAAAAGUUUCUGCAAAAAGGUACCGAGAUUACUGCUCCGGUGCCAAUGACCCCUCCUGGAACUACUGGACUUGGGGGAUUUGAAGUUCCUUUGUCAAAAGGAAGUACUCUACGUUCUGAUGCCAGUGCUCUAAAUGUUGGUGUUCUCCAUCUAAUACCAACUUUGGAGGUGUUCCCAUUAUUAGUAGAUCCGAAAAUGUAUGAGCCUAAUACUGUUGAUCUCUCAGAUCAUAGUGAAUUGGAAUAUUGGUUGACAAUAUUAUCAGAGCACUUGCCAGAUCUUGUUGAUAAGGCUGUAGCAAGUGAAGGUGGGACUGAUGAUUCCAAACGUAGGGGCGAUGCUUUUGCUCGUGCUUUUUCAGCUCACCUGUCAAGGUUGAUGGAGGAGCCUGCUGCAUAUGGGAAGUUAGGCUUGGCCAAUCUAUUGGAAAUGAGGGAAGAGUGCUUGAGAGAAUUCCAAUUCGUCGAUGCCUAUAGAAGUAUAAAGCAGAGGGAAAAUGAGGCAUCACUUGCGGUUUUGCAUGACUUGUUGAUGGAGCUUGACAGUCUGGAUGAGGAGACAAGAUUACUUACUCUAAUUGAAGGUGUUCUUGCUGCAAACAUUUUUGACUGGGGAUCUCGUGCAUGUGUGGAUCUCUAUCAUAAGGGAACUAUUAUAGAAAUUUAUCGAAUGAGUCGGAACAAAAUGCAGAGACCUUGGAGGGUGGAUGAUUUUGAUGCAUUUAAAGAGAGAAUGCUGGGCAGUGGUGACAAGAAACCUCUCCCACAUAGAAGGGCUUUACUUUUUGUAGACAAUUCAGGUGCAGACAUCGUUCUAGGGAUGCUUCCCUUGGCGCGGGAGCUUCUUCGUCGUGGAACUGAAGUAGUUUUGGUUGGAAAUUCCCUUCCUGCUUUAAAUGAUGUGACUGCAAUGGAGCUUCCUGACAUAGUUGCUGAGGCUGCCAAGCACUGUGACAUACUUAGGCGAGCUGCCGAGUCUGGAGGCUUGCUUGUGGAUGCAAUGACCAACACAUUAGACGGUUCUAAAGAAAAAUUGCCUUCGGUACCCCUGAUGGUUGUUGAGAAUGGGUGUGGUAGUCCAUGUAUAGACUUCAGACAGGUCAGCUCUGAGCUGGCUGCCGCUGCUAAGGAUGCUGAUUUGAUAAUUUUAGAAGGGAUGGGUAGAUCUCUUCAUACCAACCUCUAUGCACAGUUCAAGUGUGAUGCUUUGAAGCUCGCAAUGGUGAAAAACCAAAGAUUGGCAGAAAAGUUGGUUCAAGGGAACAUAUAUGACUGUGUUUGCAAGUACGAGCCUGCUUAUUGAAAGCUUCUAUGUAUCACUUCCAUGUCUAAUGCUAACAGCUUCCUAGGUUAUGACCCAAAUUUGAUGUUUUUGUUUA